ACUCAAGGUCGUGCCGACAAAAAGUGAGGCAGUUUUAACUAAAGGUCAUGAGGUCAGUGGGAACAUUUCUCUACGUCAAUCUCAUACUGGUAUUAUUUCUAUUUGUUGUCGAUUGCUUUCUCUGUUAAAUGUAAGUGCAAUUUGUGUAUUUACUGCAUAGUCAUCCCACCUCUUCUCUUGCUCUUUCGUUUUCAGAUGACCUCACAUACUGUUCCACACACUCCCCCAGCAUACAAUGUACCUUCCGGCCAAACACAAACAUACCAUAGGCUGAAGUUACAGUUAUGUAACGCAUUUGCAACCUUACUCUACCCACUUAUGGUUCCGAUUACCAGUUUGACAUAGUCUCAUUCUUGAAAUGAUUGUUUUCGAUUGCUUUUCUUAGUUAGAAAAAAUGUCACUGGAGUUAUAUACUAAAAGACUCAACGAGAUCGUUCGUCCUACAGGAAACGUUAAGGAGCAACUUCUGUCAGCAAUAAAGGACAUUGAAGCUGAAAUAGAACAUCUGAAAGGAAUAAUCUUUCCUUCAGAAAAUUGUGAAAUCUCUCAUGUUUGUCAUGCAUCUGAAGAUCUAAAAGCUAGUAUGGAAAAGUUGUUUGAAGGAGUGUCAAAAAAUCAAGAACAGAUGAUGCGCUUGCUUCCUAAAGUUUCUCCUUUGUAUGACGUAGCAUAUCCAGUAAUAGAAGAGUCUAACGUCUUAGAGAAGCAGUUGAGGAUCCUGGAAUUCUCCGAGCACUUGUCAUUUCUUGAGUCUGGUGUGUUAUCAGCCAGGGUAAUUGAUGAUAAGGACAUUUUAAUCGACUCACUUAAACAAUACUUCUCCUUUCUCAAUUCUCAGUUGUCGACUGAUCCGGACAUUCUUCCCUCUAUUCUGGAACAUUCUCAACAGCAUAAGACAUGUUUAGAUUCCUUAUUGUACUUAAUGACAGAUUUCGAGCAUCUGUUAAAGAAGCUAAAUUUUCCUGUUAUUGUAUCUGAAGUUCUUGAGGAAGGAGGUUUACAAACGUGGUGUGAUGAUGAUUUGCAGUUAUUCUCCAAUGAUUUUCAAGCUCUUUCUACAUUCGAUAUCUCUCAUGUGAAUACUUUAUUAUCGAAACCGUUAGUAGUAGAUGUCUGCUUCCCCAUGCAUAUUAUCCUGGCUCCUAUGGAGAAGCGUUUUCGUUAUCACUUUUGUGGUUCUCAGAAGACAAACAGGAUCGAUAAGCCUGAAUGGUACAUGUCACAAGUUCUUCAGUGGAUUCGAACAAAUGACUAUUUUGUUACAGUGGUCGAUCGUGAUUUCAUUCCUGAUAAAGACAAUACUUCUGUUAGCGUACGAUUGCAGCUCAUGCGUGGUUUGAUCACAUUACUGUUAGACAAACUAUACUAUGAUCUUGGUCUAUCAACUUUUAUGCCGAUUCGUUUCGGUCUUCAAUUUCAAAUUCGACGUUCUAAUUCUGAAGCCUCAACUUGUCCUAUGGACUCUGAUCCCGGUAGUAGUUCUAGUAGUGAAUUGUUAGAAAAUCCACAAACAUUCAGCCACUUGAUUGAUGUUGUAUUACAGACGGAUGCAAAAUUAACUCAACUAGCCUAUCCAAGCGAUUAUCCUAAACCAAGUGAUGUGCUUUCGCAUCCUAAAGUUUUUUCACGUUGGCUUUUGCUAGAACAACGUCUAGCUUCUGACAGACUAAAACUCGUUCUCGGGAACUUCUCAUCUUGGUCUAUUGUCGAUGAAACCGAAAAGCGGCCCCAAUGUGUCGAUGAUUUCAUUGCACUUCUCCAUGCUGUAGGUUUUAGAGGUCGACAGUUGUCUGACAAAAUAUCACGAGCUAGAUUUGUUCAAGUUCAGUUGAAUUUAAUUCAUGAAUUUUUUGAUUAUAUCGUGUUGUCAGCACGUCGAAAAUUCGAACAUGAUAACUUCAGUGAUCAUGGUCAUUCAAAAAACAAAUCUGAAGUUAGCAUUUCUAAAAGUACAAUGUUUGGAGGCUUAUUUUCAUCGCAUAAUCUCUCGCCUGAUGCUAGUUUAGAAUCUAGGAAAAAUUCAAUCAUCAAUCAAUUAUUCAAUUGUUUUGUUGAUGGAAUUGGUCAGAAUUUAUCUCCCCGCUGGAUAAUUGCGUUGAAUGCAAUCAAAUGUCUUCACGAUAUGAUGUUGGAAUGGGCUAAUGAUCAGUAUUAUGUUACAUUUUGGGAAGAUUUAAGCACUCGUGCAUUAUUACAGUUUGGAGAUCCUUGGCUAAUGGAUAUUGGUCUUUGUCCUCUUGUUACGGAUAGAAUAUUAAAGGAGCCAGAACUUGAUGAACCUAAAAAUGAAACGUUUAGUGAGUUGGGCUGCUCUGAUAAUUAUCUUGGUUUGCAUGGUGGCGUUUUCACUCAGAUGCUAAGAUUGUAUAAUGAUGAAAUUAAGAAAAUGUUAAAACAAACAGUCGAUUUAACAUUGACAGAUUUAAAGAGUAAAUCGUUGGCAUAUGUUUAUUCAACCGAUCAUUGGCUUCGAGCUAGUUCUGUAUCCGGUUAUUUAAGUAAUAUGAAGAGUGAACUGUCCAAUUUAAUGCUGUCAUCUAAUGCAUCGGUAUUUUUUCUUGCAUUACGUGAUUGGUUGUAUCAUUUAUCAGAAUCAUUACAUCCAAAACUUUUCACACAUGUAUGGAAAGAAAUUGCAUCACAAUUAGAUGAUUAUCUGUACAAUGAGCUCAUUCUAUCAAAUCGAUUUAGCCCUCUUGGUGCUGCUCAACUUCGUUUUGACCUUACGAACUAUCUGUAUCCAAUGUUCAAUUUAUAUACUGAACGUCCUGAAUCACAUUUUUUUCAAAUUCGUGAUGCUUGUGUUCUUCUAAAUUUAUUGCGUGGAACAGCCGAAUUAUUGAAAGAAACUAUUAUGGAAUCAAUGAAUAAUAAACAGAAACGUGAUAACGAUCCACUUGGACCUCUACUUGAAUUAGGUGUUUAUAGACUAACUCCGGAAGAAGCUCUUCGUAUUUUGUCUUUACGUGCCAUUCCAGAAUAAAAGAUAUUCUGUACAUCCGGACAUGUGAACUUUUGAGAUAUGUCUUUCUUUCUUCUGUAUUCUAUUUUGCAAUGCUGUACUUGUUUUAAGUAUGUAAAUAUAAUUUGAUUUCUUGAAAA